ACUCAGAUGAGGAGAGAGGGACACAGGGAGGAAAGAGGAUAGGCUUAGGAGUUUGGAGGACUUUUUUUUGGGUCUUGGAAAAGUAGAGAGGAGUGUUGGCUGGGCUUUUCUCCAAGAAUUUUGCAUCUACCAGACUCAUACUGUACUACCUGACUCCUGAUUUUCAUUAGUAAUAGAAUAAUUUAGAUACACGUUACAUAAAUGUAUGGAAAUGGAUAGAGAAAACAGAAUACAAUUUUUAACUUUUUUUUUUUGCUGUGAAUCUUCAAGUUGACCUCCAGACUCUUGUGAUAGUUUCCUAACAUUCUUUGAGCAAUAUUAGUUCUUCAUUGUUCUGUUUUGUGUUUAGAUAGAGCCUCACUUGCUCUGUAGUCCCGGCUAGCCUGUAGCCCACAGUCCUCCCGAGUCAUGGGAUUACAUUUGCACACUUGCCUAGCGUGAGCAGUGUUGAUAACUGAAGUCAGGGCUUUGUGCAUCCUAACUGUAGGUUCUGUGUUCCAUCUCCAGGCUUAGUACGAAGACUUCCUUUUCAAAGAAGGCACGUUCAUUCUAAAAUCCUUUCUAAAAUUCUUUAUUUUAGUUGGUAUUAAAAAUAGCAGGUUUCUUUGACAUGGUCAUACAUGUUUAUCACUGUCCUUUGUCCAUAUUUACCUUCCCCAGAUCCUCUUCCCGCUCUCUACCCAUCUUUCCCUCCCAAAUGCUUCCCUUCUGCUUUCAUGUCAUUACACAUACAUGUGUGUGCGCGCGCACAUGUGUAAUGUUAAAUUCAAAUUGGGCAUCUAAAGAAGCUGUCUUUGCCAGUAGACUUUUGAAGGUGUGGAUCUGCCUAUGACUCUAAGAUUCAGCGUGUGGAAAGUAAUAAGGAACCAAAGAAAAGCUAGCUGGCUUUGGGUAGAUUCUGUCACGGCCAGGUAUCAUCCAACUUCCAUAAAUGGGUGACAUAUGUUGAAUGUUCUCUGUUUGUUGGUAUCACGUCUUGGAUAUUGAAAGUUUGAGGAUGAAGCUGGACAUCCCAUACUGUUUUCCUUUACUGCUUCUCCCAGAUAUUAGCAUUUGGCUAAACCAAGCACUUAAAGGAGCCCGAGAUCGCCAUGGGAAUGCAGUAGAAAACGCUCAUCUUCUCACAUUGUUCCACCGGCUCUGCAAGCUGUUAUUUUUUCGUAUUCGGCCUAUUUUUGUUUUUGAUGGAGAUGCUCCACUGCUAAAGAAACAGACCUUGGCCAAGAGAAGGCAGAGGAAGGAUUCCGCGUCCACUGACUCGCGGAGGACCACAGAGAAGCUCCUGAAGACAUUUCUGAAGAGACAGGCUCUGCAAACUGCCUUCAGAAGAAAAAGAAAUGAAGCUCUACCCAGUCUGACUCGGGUUCAAAGAGAGGACAUCUACGCUUUGCCACCUUUACAGGAGGAAGAAAAACAUAGUUCAGAAGAGGAAGAUGAAAAGCAUUGGCGAGAAAGAAUGGAUCAAAAGCAAGCUUUGCAGGAAGAAUUCUUUCAUAAUCCUCAGGCCAUUGAUAUCGAGUCUGAGGAUUUCAGCAGCCUGCCCCCUGAGGUGAAGCACGAGAUCUUAACUGACAUGAAAGAGUUUACCAAGCGAAGACGGACACUGUUUGAAGCAAUGCCGGAGGAGUCUAAUGACUUUUCACAGUACCAGCUGAAAGGUUUGCUUAAGAAGAACUACCUAAACCAGCACAUAGAAAAUGUCCAAAAGGAAAUGAACCAGCAGCACUCAGGGCAAAUCCAGAGGCAGUACGAAGAUGAGGGGGGCUUUCUAAAGGAGGUGGAGUCAAGGAGAGUGGUCUCUGAAGAUACCGCCCACUACAUCUUGAUAAAAGGUAUUCAAGCUAAGAAAGUCACGGAUGCGGAUUCAGAGGCUUCUCCUUCCUCCAGCAGAAUGCACAGCAUGUCCUUGGACCUGAAAUCCUCACCCCAUGAGAAAGUGAAGCCGGAGAAAGAGCCAGAGGCCGCACCUCCUUCUCCGAGGACUUUACUGGCUAUGCAGGCAGCCAUGCUGGGAAGUAGCUCAGAAGAGGAGCGAGAGAGUGGAGAGGGAAGGCCGCCUAGGGAGAGGAACUUGUGGGCCGCGGCAGAUGUAGGCUCCGUAUCACCGCGUACCCUUGCAGCUAUUCAGAAAGCCCUGGAUGAUGACGAAGACGGGAAAAUGUGUGAUGGCGGCGAUGAGCCCACAGGAGGGACAGAGGUGAGAGUGUUAGGCGAUGAUAAAGAUGGGGAGGCGUGCGCCAGGAGUGAUGAGCCGGCAGUGCGAACACUGCCUGGAAACGGGCCAGACCAGGGGCACAGUGAUGGAGUUGUCGUAAGCGGUGGUGGCACGCCAUUUGCCACAGUCCCUCCUGUACCCGCCGCGACUGGGGUAGAGGAGUGUGCAGCCAGCUGCGGUCAUGAGAAAGAACAGACUGGCACAGCUCGUUCAUUGAGUGCCGCUUGUCAUCAAGCUGGUGAGUGCUGUGCUCCGGAAGAACAAAUGUCACUUACUCCAGUGGUGAAUGCAGCGUCCGAGAGAAGCAGUGGGGAUGAGGUUGAGGGUAAGCAAGCUCCCCUCCCGUCAGCGCGCACGGAACUUCCAUGCCGUGAUGCCUCUGGGCGCCUCAGUGAAAGGAAACCGACCCUGGUCCCUCCAGUGAAAACAUAUUCUGAUCAGAGGCUGGACACGUGCCUUGAAGGGCCCGAGCUUCAGGAAGGUCUCAACCCGCCCGAGAUGAAAUGCGUUUCCUCUGGCUUUUCAAGUGAUGCUGAAACAGAGAGUGCACAAACCCCUGCUUCUAAACCAUGCAGUACAGUUCACAUCCCUUCAGAGGCAACGGGGGACUUAGAAAAGGCAUUGUCUUCUGAUGAACGUGGCGAUUCCCUGAAAACCACCGAGCAAGGGGAGAUGCCUGAACCUCCUGUCAGGGAGUUGAUUUCAGUCCCAGAGCCCACGGAACCAGUGGAGAUGGAGUCCGAAGAGAGCGAGUCUGAUGGAAGUUUCAUUGAGGUACAGAGUGUGGUCAGUGAUGGUGAACUUCAAACAGAGUCACCAGAGACUUCCAAAUCUCACUCUGAACAAGAUGAAGAGGAACCAAGAGGAACCCCGCAGGAAGGAACCUCCAGGGACACAGAACUCCAGCAGGACAGCUCCGACAGCGAGGACGUGGCCAAAGAAGAGCACAAAAACUCUGACAGAGAUGCCGAGAGCUCGCCUAAUGAAUGGCAAGAUAUUAAUUUGGAGGAACUAGACAUCCUGGAGAGCAACCUCUUGGCAGAGCAGAAUUCACUGAAAGCUCAAAAACAGCAGCAAGAACGGAUCGCUGCCUCGGUAACGGGCCAGAUGUUUCUGGAAAGUCAGGAGCUCCUGCGCCUGUUUGGCAUCCCCUACAUCCAGGCUCCCAUGGAGGCAGAGGCGCAGUGUGCCAUUCUUGACCUCACUGAUCAGACUUCUGGGACCAUCACUGAUGAUAGUGAUAUCUGGCUGUUUGGGGCCCGCCAUGUCUAUAAGAAUUUCUUUAACAAAAACAAGUUCGUAGAGUACUACCAGUACGUGGACUUUCACAACCAGCUAGGACUGGACCGGAGCAAAUUAAUCAACUUGGCUUAUCUACUGGGCAGCGAUUAUACCGAAGGGAUCCCAACUGUGGGCUGUGUAACAGCCAUGGAGAUUCUCAAUGAAUUCCCUGGACGCGGCCUGGACCCGCUCUUAAAAUUCUCAGAGUGGUGGCAUGAAGCUCAGAACAGCAAGAAGGUCGCGGCCAAUCCCCACGACACCAAAGUGAAGAAGAAGUUGCGGAAGUUGCAGCUGACACCUGGCUUCCCCAACCCUGCUGUGGCGGAUGCUUACCUGAAGCCUGUGGUGGACGAGUCCAGGGGGUCGUUUCUGUGGGGCAAGCCUGACGUGGACAAGAUUAGAGAAUUUUGUCAGAGAUACUUUGGUUGGAACAGGACGAAGACAGAUGAAUCCCUUUUUCCAGUGCUCAAGCAACUGAAUGUCCAGCAGACCCAGCUACGAAUUGAUUCCUUUUUUAGAUUAGCUCAACAGGAAAAACAAGAUGCCAAACACAUAAAGAGCCAGAGGCUGAACAGAGCUGUGACAUGCAUGCUGAGGAAAGGAAGGGAAGAGGCAGCUGGCGAGCUGGAGAAAGAGAUUGGCACCCCGGAUAAGGCAAAAGGAAACCCCCCCAAAAGAAGCCUGACGAGCCCAAGAGAGACAUCAGACCCCAAAAGAAGGAGGUCUUCAGGAAGUGGUGGGUUUCUGGGGGACCCGUACCUCUCAGAGUCAUCCGGGGAUUCAGGUGAGGAUGCAGAGAGUUCAUCUGAGAUGCACGCCCAGCAAAGAAGAACAGCUGAGUCACCAAAAGCCCGCCACUCGGAUUUGCCCAGUGUGGAGAGAGAUGCUCACGGAAGGGAUGUGUCUGCUGUGUCCACUAGCAGCUCCAGUGAGGACGAUGGGGACAAAGUCAAGGCAGCCCUAGUGACUGCUAGACCUGUGUUUGGGAAGAAAAGAAGGAAGCUAAGGAGAAGGAAAGGAAAGUCUAAUUUAAAAAAAGUCAGCACUUUGGAAGGGUAAUGUUCGCAAUGAAUAUGUGUUGAGAGCAUGAGAUUAAAUCUAUUUGUACAAUCUCCAUUUUGAAUGUGUAGUUUUUAUUUUAUAUUUUGGUUUCUAAAGUUUAUUUAAAAAAUUAAAGAACAGAAAAACCUUACAUGAAAA